ACCACCAACCCAACAACAGCUAGCCUUCUUCGCAAACUCGCACCGGCUCGCUAGCUCUUACGACUUCUUCAGAGUUUCAGGCGCAGCUAACAACAGCACACUACACUACACACCACCAUAAAUUCUUGACAACUACUCUGUGCGUGCGUGGAUGGCGUCGUCGUCGGGGAAGCGCGCGGCGAUCGCCGGCAUGCUCGUGGUUGUUCUACUGGUCGCCGGUGCGGGCCUCGCCGGCGCGGCGCGUCCGAUGCCGGCGGCGGAGCGGAGUAGUAGCGGCGGGGAGGCUUACCUGGCGGUGUACCCUGCGGCGGUGGCGGUGGCCGAAGAAGCGAGGAAGACAGUGGACAUGCUUCUCCAGAGGCUGCCGGCGGGGCCCAGCCCCAAGGGGCCCGGACACUAGCGGCCUGGCGGAGGGCUAUUAGCGAGUUCGUUAAAGUGUAUAGGUUCUUCAAUUAUGCUACGAGUAGCUUCUAAUUGCAUAUACCAUGAUUCUUUAAUAUUUUCUUUUUCGUUAUUGGAAAUUCUUAGUAGUACGAAGACGAUGCUGUCACAAAAAAGAAAGCUAGUACCAAGAAGAUUGUACAUAUAUACGACGAGUCAUGAUCGAAACGGAGACUGUACGUAUUUUAUUUUUUGCGAACAAAUUAAUUAAUUUUCGUGUGUU